AUGUUACCUCGCUCUGAUGAUGUCCGUCAUUUGACGCACAAAAGCUCAGCACAUGUUCACCGGAAUCGAAGGAGAUUGCCUUGGAAACAGCGUCAGCAUGAAGCCAAUCGACAGCUAGUCAAGAGAAAUCCGCCGUCGUCUUCUGGUGGAACCGACCUUCGAAUCUCUUCACCCAACACCUUUACUCGAAAUGGAAGUAAUCCCAACAAUAGAGGCUAA